UUCAUGUUAGCAUUUCUUGCUAGCGAGCUGGCGCCAGUCAGUCCGCGAGUUUUAUCAAAGUGCAGUUAUCUAUCACGGUUUUAAAUUAGAAUCUCAACUGCUAAAAUACUUCAUCAUUAUUAACCGUUUAUUGUUACGUCCCUCGAGUCCACCGAAGCAAACGGCAGUUAGCGAGGGCUAGCAGGGAUAGCGGCACCGAGGCUACGCUAACAUUUUGGCCCCUGUCAGCCACCAUAGCUGCUGCACUUUGGCCCCUGUCAGCCGCCAUAGUCGGAGCCAAUGAAAGGAACAAACCAGUAGAGGUCCACAGAUGACCCGCGGGCUGCAAUUUGGACACCUAAGGGAGUCAAAAGCGAUUCAACCCCCCCCUCCUCCUCAGUCACACGCACGCGCACGCCUCGUCAACCUGCUCAGCCAGGGGCGUGCACGUCAGCCUGAGGGUGGAGCAGCAGCGGCGGCGGCGGCAGUGUCUGUGUCGGCGGCGUGACGUGACGUGCUGCGGAACACAAGUAGGUCGUUAAACGUCGUCCACGCCUCGGUGUGUCGCGAGCGCGUGAUAUGCGGGUCGCUCCGUGAGACGGCGAGGCGGGAAAAAAAGGAGGAAGAGGAUGAGCGGGGCAAUGGCGGAGAAGUGGCGCGGACGUUGAGGACAACACUCGGAACACAAACGUGGGACUGUUUUUCUUUUUUUGUUUUGUUUUUGUGUCCGUCAUGGAGGACUCGGAGCCCGCAGAGGACGGCUUGCUCGCGGGCUUACGUUGGAACCGGAGCGCGCGGGACCAGGCUCAGCUCAAGCACAAAAUCCGGGACCUGCCGGGACUACUUAAGCACGGACUGCACCUGCGGAAGAAGAGCCAAUCACCUGACACCAUCCCGGGACCCAGUGCUGGACCCACGGUACGCAAGUCUUGCUCCCAGAGUUUUCCCUGUGCUGGCCGGGCUGUGAGAAACGCCUUCCUCUCCCACGGACCAUACCCAGCUAAAGACAAGAUACACCUGGCCAGAAUCAUACGACGCAGUUAUGUGGGCGUGGAGCUGGUGCAGUGGCUGUGUGAGCAGUGUGUUUACGUCCGAUGUCGGACCGCCGCCGCGCGUGUCUGGCAGGUGCUGCUGGAGCUGGGAGUCCUUCUGUCCGUGGACCAGCGAGUGGUCUUCUCCGACUCCAACACGUACUACCAGUUCAGUUUCGAGGAGUGCGACUCGACCGCCUGUGAGUUUCGUGCCAACGAGGGGGAUUGGCCAGAGGCUGUUAGGCUCCUCCUACAACUUGCUCCAUACGUUCAAUUUCGCUCAGGAGACCGAAACGACAGCCCGUCAGAGGAGGACUCUGAAGGAAACCGAGAUGUGUGCAGUGAGAUUCUGCAGAUGAAAGCUCUGGAAAGGCUCACAUCCACGGUGCAAAAUGAGCUGGCGGCUGCUCUCGCCCGAAAGACACGCAAAGCUUUAGCGGAGCAGGACUCUGACAUGGCCGAGACCAGGCAGCAGGAGAUUCGUUCACCCAGCGCGGAGACCAGCCCGCUGGGCAGCGUGUGCGCUCUGCGGGACGGUGGUGGCAGCGUCGGAGGAGGAGGAGGAGGCGGGAGUACGGGGAGCGUGUGCGCCCGAGAGGAGCUGACCAGCCGGCUGGGCUUGGAGGCCGUUCAGCGUCUGGCCAAGGAUGGCUGCCGGCUGCUGCAGAACCACAACUAUCGGCUGCCUGACAGGAACCAGGCGGAGGUUGUCGGGAGGGUUUGUCUGAAGGAGCGAGGUCGGGACGUGUUGGUGUUGCAGCGAGUGACGACCACGCUGACGUCGCCAUCGGAGCGGCCCUCGCCCACAUCGUCAGGGGGCGGGUGCAGAGAGGAAGAUAAAAGGUAUGUGGUGGUGUCUGGAACGCCGCUGAAGAUCCUGGAGCAUCUGCUGAGUGACCUGCAGCUGGACGACCAGAGAGGGGCGCUGGAGUGCAGGGAGAGCGAAGUGCUGUUGGAUGACUUCCUGUUGACCUACCUGGUGUUCAUGUCCACCCACGACCUCUGUCAGGCCCUGCUGGGACACUACAGCAGCGCACGCAGCCGCGGCCAGGAGGAGGGCAAGGACGCCCUCUUCAGGAAGCGCAAGGUCCUGCAGCUGGUCUCCCACUGGAGCCGACUCUACAAGGACUUCCUGAAAGAGGAGGAGCAUGUUCGGGGCUUCAUGAAGACUCUUUACAGGUGUGUGUUAGAGGACCUGUACGAGUUCCCCGCGCUGGAGAACGACCUCAAAGAGUUCCAGAAGCUUCUGCGCCGCAGGCACACAGUGGAUGACUGCCCUCCCAACCAAAAGAGCAAGCAAAUGCACCAGCAGUUGAGUCUGAAGGAGAACUGUCUGCAGCUCCGACGUCCACUUUCUGAGACCAGAGAAGUCAUUUGCUGCGUGUACGUGAGCAGCGACUCCUACCUGAGCGUGCACACUCAUCCCUCGCUGGAAGCUCACGAGCUGUUGAGGAUCGUUGGACUGAAGAUGGACAAGUCAGAGGAAGACACGGUGCUGGCUGUGGUGUCUCACACCGGAGAGCGGAGGAUGUUGCAUCCCAGCGAUUGUGUGUAUUCCGAGUCUCUGACCCCACAAGGCAAGCUUGUAGCGUGUCGCAGGGACCUCACGGAGAUGUUGCCUCCUUUAACAGACAGCGCUGAGCUCAGCAGGAGGCCUGCACGCCUUUUGGGAAUCAACACGUGGGACAUGGCGGCGGCACUCACACACCUGGACUGGAGCCUCUUCAAAUCCAUCCAUGAGCAAGAGCUGGUGUACUACACCCUCAGCCGCGUUCCCGGCGGCGCCCACACCGCCGCGCUGUCCGUCCUGCUGCAGCGCUGCAACGAGGUCCAGCAGUGGGUCAUGUCCGAGGUCCUCAUGUGCGUGUCGCUCAACAAGAGGGUGCAGCUGCUCAAGAAGUUCAUCAAGAUCGCGGCGCACUGCAAGGCUCAGAGGAACUUGAACUCGGCCUUCGCCAUCAUCAUGGGCCUGAACACCGCCGCCGUCAGCCGCUUGAACCAAACCUGGGAGAAAUGUCCUGGCAAGUUCAAGAAGCUCUUCUCGGAGUUGGAGCUGAUCACGGAUCCAUCUCUGAACCACAAAGCCUACAGAGAAGCGUUCAAGAGGAUGAAGCCUCCAAAGAUCCCUUUCAUGCCUCUUCUCCUAAAAGAUAUCACCUUCAUCCACGAGGGCAACAAGACCUUCCACGACAACCUGGUCAACUUUGAGAAGUUGCACAUGAUCGCAGACACAGUCCGAAUGAUCCGACACUGCCAAAGUGAACAACCAGGCAACGAGGUGAUCGGGGCGGACAGCGCCGACUUGAGGGCGAGCGUUCACUACCUGCACAUCAUCGACAAUCAGCAGACGCUCUUCCAGCUGUCCCACAAACUGGAGCCCCGGGCCUAACGGGGGCGCCGCGGCGGUGAUGCCAGGAGCAGUGAGUGGUCGUUGAACACGAGGACGCCCAGCUCAGCACCAGGUGCCAUUUUCCCCCCCCCCCUUUGCGUGUGCCAGAAGGAUGUAAUGACGUUGUACAGUAUCUAUUGGACUAGUUCUGGUUCCUUCUGAGGCGGAAUGUUCCUUUUAUUUGUGAUGGCCCGCCUCAUUUCACGUACAAAAAAACAAAAAAAAAAGCCCACUGAAGAUUUUUGAUGUCGUCUUUAUGUUUGACUGCAUAUCUAUCGAAUACGUUCCACGCACAAGCUGCGAGGCGUGUCUUGUUUACCUUUUUGUUGUGCGGUUGACGGCGAGACACGGGCGUUCGUGAAUUUUACCUCCAACACAGUCGGGGGGCCACUUUUCACCGCGGACUGAAGGGAACCUUUUUGACUGACCUGGAAGUCCUCCAACAAGGUGUCUUGGUUGUGGUGUGACCUGAUGUCCUGCAUCACAAAAUGCACUCUAAAGGCCAUUUUCUCUCUCCCAAUGUUUGGUUGCAUUUCUACACAUAAAGUGUGUUUGGUUUUGUAAUGUCACAGAAUCGUACCCUUUAUCGGCAGGAACACUUUGUGGGGACCGUCUAAUGAGAUCCAGGACAAGAUUAUGCACAGUUUGUCAUCUGUACACCAGACCAGUGUUUCCCGCCUAAAUAUAAGACGCACAAAUUGUGUUUUGUACAUAUAUUAGCCACACGCCGCAGUGUGACAUAACGUUUUUACACAGGCGCUUGUUUUAAUUCGCACAUGUAGCAAAAGUCAGCAAAGCG